AUGGACAACUUGCGCGCGCAGACCACGGACGAGUUCAAGGAGUAUCUUGCGAAGCACUGCAACACUCUCGCCUGGUAUGGCCCUUCGGAGUGCACGGACGAGGUGCAGCCAGUUGAUGCAGGAGCCGGACGAUUUCUCAAGGUAGAAGUCGGGAGGAAGAUGGACAUAUGGCUCGAGCAGUCGGACAACCUCGAGAGGUGGGAAACCGCGUCGCUGACAGCUUCUGAUCGGCGCGUGCUGAUCACUCAGUGGAUGGGAGCAACCAUGGCAAGACUCAACAGCCAACAGGCGUACCGAUACCGUCUUUUCGAAAAGUGCGGGAUGGCCAUGACCGUGGACGGCUCGGGCGAUGAUCGAAUCACCUUGGAGGGUUUGGACAAGCCGUAUACCCUCGCUAACGAUCAAGACAGUAGCGACGACGAACAAGGGCGAUGGANCAGCAUGGACCCACAAGACCCGGAGGAUGAGAUACAGGGAAUGGAGAUCCCGGCAGGCUUUCGUAUUCAAGAAGCUAAAUCCGUUGCUCUUGGCAGAUUGCUUUUGCGGCGUGGAGUGCUCGUUAGGCUGGGCAUGGGGUGGUUUGGAGGGUUGAUCACUCAACAAUCUCAGAAGGACACUCUCCACCUGUACGACUACUGUGUGCAGCUGGAGCUAAACCAGAAUACGCGCAAGAUGAAGUUGCCCUUAGACAAGUACAGCGGAGAUUCGAAUGCGGCUGUAGGCUCCUAUUUAUUUUUUCUUCUUAGUAUCACACAACAAAUCCAUCUCUAUCAAUAG